GUUACAUUCGUUUCUGAAGAGACGGUAGUUUUUCUACAAACAUUGUUUAUACAUGCUCCUUGGGUAGCUUGCGGCUAGACUGGAUCUGGGAAGGAGUUGUACGGCUGGAAUCGCUGGAUAAGCUGGAUAUGCAAAGACCUAAGGAACUUUCCCAAAAUUUGUCAUGGAAUUCAAAAACUGACCGUCAGAUGGCGUUUCAAGCACAUGUCUGGAAAAAGAUUUGUUUACGUUUGAGUACUGGUUGGUACGAAUUUUAAAAACUUCUAAGGUAUUUUCUUCGAGAUAUAUUCCCCAUUAGUUUGUUUAAUGACAUUAAACUGAAGGGUGUUGCUCAAUCCCGAUAUUUCAAGUGUAGUUUAAACAACUUUAUUUGUAAGAUGUGUCCAAGCAGGUAGUUGGCUAGUUGGCUUACACAUUCUUGUUGGACUUGGUUAUGUUCUUGGAUUCUUUGUUGGAAAAAUUAACCAUUGGUAGAAAUGUGUGAAUCAAUAUUAACACAGAAAUAUGUAGAAGAACUUGUGUUAAAUUCAAUUCAUGGUAAUGCAACCUGCAUCGCUGUACGCCUUGAUUGGAUGAGUAGAUUUUUACAAGUAGUUGACAAUGGAAGAGGAAUUGGAUCAACACAACUUCAGCUGUUAUGUUCAAGAAAUAAUCAAAAUGUUGAAAACAUGGUUGAUAACAAGCAUCUAGAAGAAGCAUUACAUUUGAUUAUCAAACACUGCAGUUCUCUUGAAAUAGAGAGCCAAGUGAAAAACUCAAGUGUGUCGUACAAAAGACUUUACCAAAAUGGAAUGUGGCGCAAUGUUGAGUGUGUUGGAACAAGAUCUACAUCAGGAACAACAGUUUCUGUGUUUGAUUUUUUUAGACCACCAUCAUCAGAAGAGACAUUUGAUUUUGACUACCAAUCGCUAGAGAAACUAAUUGCAAGUUUCUUUUUACUGCAUUCACACAUAUCAUUCUCACUGCGAGUUGAUCCUUCCAAACCCCCUUCUCUUCAAACUAAGAAAGUGAAGAACACAAUGCUUGCUGCUCAACAGUUGUUUAAAUCUGAGAGCAUAAUACCGUUUCGUGGCUCAAGUCGGCAUUUCAAAGUGAAAGGUCUAUUCAUCAAUCAUCCGGGAGAAAGUUCUAGCUGGUUUAUAUUUGUUAACAGCCAGCUUGUCGAGUCCAAAGAAAUUGUUGAUUUGAUCACAUCGGUUUUAUCGAAUCUAACUUCUUCCGAAGAACAGCGUUUCGCUAUAAUUUUGAACAUCAAGUGUUCCCGAACUGUAUGCAAAUUUACCGUUGAUUCGAACGGCAAUAGAGGAGUUGCGUUCUUAAAUUGGAAUGAGCUGCUAUCGUUGAUUCAGAGUUCGCUUGAUCAAUUUAUUUCUCAUGCUCCCAUAAAAAAGACAGCGUUCGUAUCGCGUUGGCUUAUCGCCGCUUAUGGUGACGGGAAUUCAACAACCUCACCUCUGACAAUCAAAAGUUUAGACUUCUACCCUCCUCAACAGGAAAUCAAAACAGAAACCUCAGAAAUCUCUUCGCCAUUCCGUUGUGAACAAAGCGGUUCUUCGGAGCAAUCGUUUUAUGGAAAAAUCACUAAUUCAAUUCCGAUUCCACUCGUGAGCCAUGCACCAGAAAACCUCGAAAUGCGGGUUAAAGAAUCUCCAAAUGUCUGUCGGGUUUCCUCGCCGCCGUUGUUACUAAGCCCAAACCACCUUGCUAGUUUAUGGGAAGAGGUUGAAGAAGCGGCAGAGAAUACUCAACUGGUUCAAGAACCGGAAAAUGGUAACUUAGAAAAUGGAGUUUCAUUACCAUCUGAUAUGGGAACUAGUACCUCAACUUGCAAUCUGCAAGAAAAAGAUACACAGAUUGAAGACCAUUCUUCCUUGAAUUCUUCAAAUCGCCUAGCGCUGAAAAGAAGAUACGUCUCAACUGAUAGCGACAACCGUUUCAGCUCUAAAAGAGAAUUCAAAAUUGGCCGAAAUUAUCCCACAAAUGCGUUUUGGGUUCAACCGAAAAUGCCACCGAAUCUUGCUGUCAAGAACCUCAGUAGCCUGUUCGCAUCGGCGUUGCAAAAGGAAUGCACAUUCACGAAAUCUGUGAUGGCAAACAUUCACGUAGUCAGUCAAGUUGAUCGAAAAUUCAUCUGCUGCAUCACUCGGGAAGACGAAAAACGUUAUCUCGUCCUCAUCGAUCAACAUGCCGCUCAUGAGCGAGUUUGCUUGGAAAGGCUUAUGCAAAUGCAUUCAACCAAAAAUGAUGAUGGCUACAUUCAAGUUUUAUCUUCGCCACUUCACCCGCAUCUCCAGUUGACAUUUCCAAUCGGAGAUCUGCAGUUGAUUCAAAAGUUAAGCGUUGAAUUUACUCGUUUCGGCUUGCACCUGCAAUUCAGCGAUUCGACUGUUUCAGCGACCCGUGUUCCUUCUUGUUUUUUGGCAAGAGAAAUAAAUGAGAUCCAAAGGAAAAGAAGUUCGUUGUACAAAGACUUGGUGGUGGCCCUCAUCGACGAGACUAUUGCAGAAUUCACAAAAACCGGAAGACUUUCCAGCUGCUUAUUGCCUGCACAAAUCCGGAACGUUUUAAAUUCAUUGGCGUGUCAUGGUGCGAUCAGAUUUGGUGAUGAACUAACUCUGACACAAUGCUCACAAUUGAUUAAAGCUCUUGGCCAAUGUGAUGUGCCAUUCCAGUGCGCACAUGGGCGGCCUCUCCUGGCCCCAUUGCUGGAAAUUGGCGACCUUAACGGACUGACCCCAUCGCUAAUAACUCCUGACAGUACUAAACCAAAGUACGUUCGUUUGAUGGAGUAUGGCGAACUGACAUAACUGUUGAAAAUACUGCCCUUUCAUCUGUUAAGCUUCCUCAAAGUUAAGUCAUCAAAAUUUAAUUGUUAUUCCCCCUUCCUGUGCCUGGUUGAAAAUCCGAUUGUAAAUUAACUUCCCCAUUUUGUUUGAAGUUUCAUCUAAUUGGUUUCUUUUGAAUUAAAAAAAAAAUUAAGUGACGAAGUAACAGUGAACGGAGUAACAGGUAACCAUCCUUUAUUCAUCUCUGGUUGAGAGUACGCACAUCCAUACAGUUCAUACAUUAUCCGGUAUAAUUAGCAGUCAUAAUUUAUUAAUAGAUUGAGGGUGAAAGCCGUUUCGUUAACUUAGAGUGUGCAAGUAGAAGUGUCCGUGUUCUUCGCCCAAUCGCAAAAGUUUCCUACUCUAUUCCAGACAGAUCCGCCGGGGCAUUCUAAA